CGUCACGCUUGACUCCCCUCGAUCCUUUGCCGUGUCGUCAAGGCUAAAAAUCAGAAUUUUUAAUACUUUGACCACAUUAUCAUUAAAUUAAAAAUACUAUGGCAAUGCAGCCACAUAAUAUGGAUCCUAGGCUACCCUUGAAAAUUCAAGAAAAUGUGACGGAUUUAGGAUCUCUUACUCGACAAGUGUUGAGAAGCUCGAAGUCCAAUGAAAUGUUGCUUCAUGCAGCAAAGAAUUUUGCUUCUCAAGAAGGAACUGUGGAGAGCUCAUUGCAGACACUCAAGAAAAUGGACAUAUUAGCAUCUCAUCUCAGGUUUCAGGCAGAGGCAAUUGAAAGGAAUGUUGAAGUAAUGGACACCCUUCAAGAUCAACUGAGCACGCUCCAGAGAUGACAACCAUCCAAUCAGGAAGCACUCGACCCCCCGGCCAUCUCGGACAAACCUCCUCUGUAGUACAAAUGAUACGAUAGUGGAGAUAGUUACAUAUGAAAUUUCUGAAUAUACAUGGGUCAACUGCCAUGGAGGUUUCUGCAUGCACUUAAUUGCGAUCGCCAACAUUUUAGUUAGACAUGAUGCAGAACUUUUGGUUACGGUGUCUUUGAAUAUACCAGCAUUCAGUUUUAUUUCACCCAAGAGGAGGACUUCAGUUCAAGCUUUGAUAUUU